UUCAUCCUCACUCGAGCUAUAGCUAGCUAGCCUUCUUCUUCCUCUCUGCUACCAGUGCCUUUGUCUGUCCGUGCCUUCCGAUCCAGGCCCAAGUACUGCCAUUUCACGGUGCUGCAGGGGGCUCGUGGAGGAUGGAGCGGGCGAACACGGAGCUGUACCUGGAGAACCUGUGCAUCAUGCAGGCGAACGAGCGGCUCCGGCGGACAGCACAGCUGCUGGCCCAGGAGAACGAGCAGCUCCUCGCCGAUCUCAAGCGCAAGCAGCAGCACAUGGCGGCCUCUUCCAAGACGGAGGCCCAGCUGGCCAAGGGCGGCGGGCCGUCCGGCGCUAACGUGGCGUCGGCGGGCGCGGCGCCGUCCAAGUCCGGCAAGCAGCAGCCCCAGUGAUCACGCCGGAGAUGCGCGCGCGCGUGCAUGCAUGCAGUCGUGGAAGCUCUAGUCAUCUUUGCGAAAAACUAGUAGUAGUAUGUAUUCCUAGAUAGGUCAAUUAGAGAUGGCAUGGAUGGUUUAGUUCUACUUUUGGUUAUGUAGCUAGUGGUGGCAGCUAGCGCUUUGGGGGCUAUAUAUUUUUCUUGUUGCGGUGU